AUGAAAACCCUUUUUUUCCUUCUUGUUCUUCAUCUUUUCACUUUCCCAUUUCAAACCCUAGCUAAACAUCAAGAAAACCCCAUUUCAGAGCUCUCACUCCUCAUCAAAAUCAAGUCGUUUUUGGACCCAAAUGGCCAAACCCUAAUUUCUUGGUCACCAAAUGCCACUUCUUACUGUGAUGGGUCUUUUCAGGGUGUUGCUUGUGAUGAAUCAGGUCAUGUGAUGAAUAUUUCUCUUCAGGGUAAUGGGCUUUUUGGUAAAAUACCACCUGAGAUUGGGCAACUCAAAAGCUUAUCUGGGUUGUACCUGCAUUUCAAUGGGUUACAUGGUGAAAUCCCUAAAGAGAUUGCUGAGCUGACUCAGUUGUCUGAUUUGUAUCUGAAUGUUAAUAAUCUUUCUGGACAGAUACCUCAAGAACUUGAGAAAAUGGCUAAUCUUCAAGUUUUGCAACUAUGCUACAACCAAUUGAGUGGAAGCUUGCCUACACAACUUGGAUCUUUAAAGAAGCUCAAUGUUCUUGCUCUUCAAUACAACCAACUCACCGGUGCCAUUCCCGCUACGCUCGGAAAUUUGGGGACAUUACAAAGGUUGGAUUUGAGCUUCAAUCGCCUUUUCGGCUCCAUCCCGUUGAAAAUAGCCGAUGCUCCGUUGUUGCAGGUGUUGGACGUGCGAAACAAUACGCUUUCUGGCAAUGUCCCUUUAGUUUUGAAGAAACUUGAUGAAGGAUUUCAGUAUGCGAACAACACCGAGUUAUGUGGAUCUGGUUUUGCCGAUCUGAAAGUUUGCAACAGUUCUUUCGGUCCCGAAAACCCUAAUAAACCGGAACCGUUUGGGCCACAGUCGAAAGGACUCACCCCAAAAGCCAUUCCGCAAUCUGCAGACGUAACCCGCGCUCAGUCAAAGUCAACGAAUGCCGGACUAGUCGCUAUUCUCGGAGCCGUUAUGACAGUUAUGCUGUUAGUUGCCGGGCUUUUUACGUUCAUAUGGUAUCGCCGGAGAAAACAGAGGAUUGGAACCGCUUUUGAAACCUCCGAUAGCCGGAUUAGUACCGAUCAGUAUCAAGUCAAAGAAGUGGUCAACCGAAGAAGUGCUUCCCCGCUCAUAAGUCUCGAGUACUCGAAUGGGUGGGACCCGAUGUCAAAAGGUCAAACCGGAAGCGGGUUUUUGCAAGAAGUUCUCGAGAGCUACGUCUUUAACGUAGAUGAUGUCGAGUCGGCAACUCGGUUCUUCUCCGACUCGAAUUUAUUAGGGAAAAGCAGCUUUUCGGCUACUUAUAGAGGGAUUUUAAGGGAUGGAUCGAUAGUUGCGAUCAAACGAAUAGCGAAAACGAGCUGUGUAUCCGAUGAAACCGAGUUUUUAAAGGGAUUAAAGAUUCUAACAUCAUUAAAACACGAAAAUCUUCUUAGGUUACGAGGUUUCUGCUGUUCGAAAGGCCGGGGAGAGUGUUUUCUGAUCUACGAUUACGUUGCUAAGGGAAGCUUGUUGCAAUAUCUCGAUGUCAAGGGCAAAAUGGGCAACGGGAAUGUUCUCGAUUGGUCGACUCGAUCCUCGAUAAUCAAAGGCAUCGCUAAAGGUCUCGAGUACCUACACGGGAUCAAAGGAAAGAAACCGGCUCUCGUACAUCAAAACAUAUCGGCUGAAAAUGUCCUCAUCGAUCAACACUACACGCCACUACUUUCGGAUUCCGGCCUCCACAAACUACUAGCCGACGAUAUCAUCUUUUCUACGCUCAAAGCCAGUGCCGCAAUGGGAUACCUCGCUCCCGAGUACACGACAACCGGUCGGUUUACCGAAAAGAGCGACGUUUACGCGUUUGGGAUGCUCGUGUUCCAAAUAGUCUCGGGAAAAACGAGAAUCAGUCUGUCUGUCCGCCAAGGUGCUGAGUUGUGCAAGUUUGAAGAUUUCGUGGACGUUAAUCUUGACGGGAAGUUCUCGGAGACGGAAGCGGUUACGCUUGGAAAGAUUGCCUUGCUAUGCACUCACGAGAGUCCAAACUCAAGGCCGACAACCAUGGACGUGGUGCAAGAGCUAAGUAGCAUUGGUUCGAGCCCUUGAUUUACGAAUCGAUGGCGAUGGUUGCAUGUAGGAGUUAUUUAGGUUCGAGUUUCUCACUCGAACCAUUUAAGUUCCUUUUUUUUAGUUUACGUUCUGGAUCGCGUAGUACUCUACGCGAUUCAGGUUAUCUAGCAUUUGUAGGUUUAUAACAUGAUUUGACUUUGACU